AUGAAAUACUUUCGAUUCACUUCACAUCUCUUUAUUGCGUUGGUUACAUUAUCCACCACACAAUCACAAUUCACCUUUGGUCCAGAUAUAUCACCGCAAUGUUCCUCGGCCGUUCAAACUUUUCUCAACUCAUCAGAGUUCAAUGGAUGUUUCCCAUACAAUAAGCUCAGCAAUCAAAUGAAACCUUAUACGAAUUUUACCGAUUUCAAAUCAGAUGAACGAGAAAUAAUAAAUAUUGCAGAUUCAAUCUGUAGCCUUCCAAAAUGUUCAGAUUCUUUGAUUUCAUCUUUUAAUUCAACUUUUCAAUCGAAAUGUUCAGAUGAAAUAGCUAAAAAAAAACCUGAUACUAAUAGUAUAGCUGAUUUUAUUUGGGAAUACUCACCAUUAAGAGAUUCAUUUUGCUUUAAAAAUUCUACUGGAGGCUAUUGUUUGGUUGAGACUAUUGAUAAUAUUGAAGGAAUUAAUAAUUUAGAACAAACAUAUUCGAAUUUGACUGAGCAAAUUUUGUGUACGAAAUGCAAUAAAGCGAUUUUAAAUACUUUUUUCAAUUAUGUAGUCUCGCACCCUCCUCCAACUGACAUAAGUUUUCUAAUUAGUUUUUUAAAACCUUUGAUCGAUAGCAAGUGUAAUUCAUCAUUUUUAG